AUGAAGUUUAGGCCACGGCCUGGAGGAUGGCUUCCAGGACUGGUUCUCGCCGCAAGAGCAUGUGCAUACACUGCAGUUCCCUCGCCUGAUCUAAGGCUUCAAGAUUUGGGUCAAGUUGCGGUUGGAGGUGACUUUGAUGCCAUCUCCACUUACUCAUAUGUCGGUCAGCAGGAAGGUCUGCGAAGUGAUGGCACUCAUUCCAUACUACAGCCAUUACCGAAUGGCUUGUUUGGUGUAUUGGCUGCCACAGACGCCAACAUCGAGGAUCUUUGUACCUUUACCGUGAGGAACGGCACUUUACUUGGGGUGAUAGUGGCUGGCAACUUUACCAGCAUUGGUGGAAUUAGUGCACAGAGUGUGGCCUUCAUCGACGGCCGGACAGGACAGAUAUCGCCUCAUCCUGGUAUUCAGGGAACUGUCAAUGCCCUUUUGUGCGAUGCUGACACUGAGACCGCUUACCUUGGGGGCACUUUUGAUGCCGCUGCUUCGAGCAACGCCAUCACCUGGACAUCCGCCGGUUCAUGGGCUAACCUCCCGUUUGCCGGGUUUGACGCGCCUGUUACCUCAAUCACCAAAGCUCCUAAUGGUCAUAUAGUAUUUGGAGGUUCUUUUACUGGCCUGAAGAAUAUGACUACUGUAACAACCAACCAGCUAGGGGAAUCGAUCAAUCUAGUGUCCGCCAGCAUUACAUCCACUGCCAACACCACUAGUGGUCUGAAUGUCGUAUGUCCCCUCAACGGCUCCAAUACAUCUGUAUGGGAGCUCGAGGACAAUCAAGCUGGAUCCUGGACUGCAAAUAUGCGCUUUGGCUAUGAGCCUUCGAGAUUGAGGUUAUGGAACAAUCUCGAAGACAAGGGAGUUAGGACCUGGAGGUUUACGGCUUUACCAAAUACUGGUAUCAUGAAUUUCACUUAUUUCGACCCCGUGACGGGUCAGCAAGCUCACUGUGACGCCACCUGCCCACUCGCUCAGAAUACCUCUCUUCCCUACCAGGAUUUCGAGUUUGUUAACAGAAUUGGCAUGAACGGCUUCCGGAUAGACGUUUCAGCGUGGUAUGGUCAAGGUGGCGCAUUGAAAGGCAUCGAAUUGUUCCAGAAUGAUACUUUCGUCUAUGCUAUUGAGUCUUUCAACGAGCCACAGUGCUUGGCCAACGGAAGCGCUAUCUCGAGAGCCACCACGACUGGUAACUGGCGUUCGACUCCAUCACGAGAAAGUUACGCCGAUUACCUCACCGCUGAGGUUGGUCCGGCCGACCUCGAUACGACGAGUAUAAUCUUCGAGCCCGGAAUUGUUGGGAAAGGUAACUAUACAAUUGUGGUCUAUACGCCUGGCUGUAUGCAAGACGAAUCUUGCAGUAGGCGGGGCGUGGUAAACGUGACUGGCACUCUCACGUCGAAUGGAAGCAAUACGCUUAGCACGCAGCUCUCGCAGACCAACAACUACGAGAAAUACGAUCAAGUCUAUCAAGGCCCUAUCGAUCCAGCUUCGGGCAAUUUCCGUCCUACAGUCACAAUCACUCCCUCCAAACAACUUUCGUCGCAAUUGGUUGUAGCGGCACGGAUAAGAUUCAGUGGCAAUCCAACUACUGGAGGUCUCAAUGGUCUCUUCGAUUUCGACCCCAACGCUGCUGUUGUCGACCUGGACUUUUCGAAAUCUGCCAUCAACAAUGCUGGCACCAAGCUGAAGCCAAAUGCUCAGGUUGUUGCUCUAGCUGCGCAUGAUGAUGCUAUCUACUCUGCCGGCAGUUUCUCCGAUGAUGUAUUCGAAAACAUCAUGUUCUUCGCAAAUAACGAAGCACAAUCUCUCCCUGGCGGUGGUCUGAACUCUGCUGUCACCGAUCUGUAUUCCUCAAGCGAUUUCUUGUAUGUCAGCGGUAAUUUCACAGGUACCAAUGAAGACAGUCUGUCUGGUUUGGAAAACGUUGCGGCCUAUAGCUAUGCCAACAGUGCUUGGGUAGCUCUAGGAUCCGGUCUGAAUGGUCCAGUCCUUGACAUUGUUCCGUUCCCUCUCAACAUCACAACUAGUCAGACUGAAACCGUGAUUGGCUUCAGUGGAGUUUUCACACAGAUCAGGGCAUAUGGUGACCAUCCACAACAUACCGUCCAAGGGUUUGCUGUCUGGGUCCCUUCUCGCAGCGACUGGCUGCAAAACCUCGAUUCUGGUCGUCAGUUACUUGCCGGCCAACUGAGCAGCUGCACUUAUUUGCCCAACAGCACAUGGCUCGGAGCUGGUACAUUGACUUCCCUAGGUCAAGCAAUAAGCGGUGUCGCUGGACUGCGCCAAUCGAACAGCGAUAUCACUAUUCAGCAAUUACCUUUUGACAUUGAAUCAUCGUCCUCGUCGGCCACAACUCCUUCUAGUCAAUCCAAGCGCGGACUCUUAUCGCAGCAAAACAUUACUGGAGUCAUAGCAGGUGCUUACGAUCUACAGAACGACCGAAACCUCACUAUACUGGGCGGGCAUUUCACUGCACGAACCAACGAUAGCUCAAUUCAGAACCUCGUCCUUUUGAACGGCGAAACCCAACAGAUUACAGGCUUCCCGGCCGGCGUCGACGACAACUCCACUUUCCUUGCCCUUGGCAUCCAGAACGAUAUUCUCUUCGCAGGUGGUAUGAUUACUGGUCGUGUUCAGGACCGGCAAGUACAGGGGCUGGUCUUGUACGAUUUGGCCAUACGUGCUUACCGGGAGAACCAGCCACCCGCUUUACAGGGGGAUGAAGUCAUUGUCAAUGCAUUUGCAGUCCAGUCAGGAACGUCUAACGUAUUUGUGGGCGGGUCAUUCGAGUCAACAGCGCAAGGGUUAGCAUGUCAGUCAGUCUGCACCUACGACACUAAUCAAAAUCUAUGGAUGUCAGCUGGCAGUGGACUUGCUGGUACAGUCACGGCUCUUCACUUUACUGAUGGUAAUCACCUACUUGCUGCGGGCAACCUCACAGUGUCCGGAAAUUCCACGUCUCUGGCUGUAUACGAUACCCGGGCGCAGUCAUGGUCCGUUCAUGACAGCACACCCCUGCCUGGACCUGUUAAUGCUUUUGCAGAAACUGGCGAUGCUGGCAUUUUCUGGGUGGCAGGCACUUCUUCCAGCGACAACUCGGCCUAUCUUGCAAAAAUCGACGGGCAGCAAUUCGAGCCGGUCCUCGACAUGUUUGAAAGUGGCACAACCAUUCUGGGCAUGCAGGUCAUGCAACUAUCCAACCGGCACGGCAAUUCCCGUUUCCUGGACAACGACAUGGACCUCUUGGUCAUGGGUCAGCUCAACAUCACAGGCUUCGGGUCCGCCUCUGCCGCUCUCUUCAAUGGAACGACUAUGCAGCCAUUUCUCCUCAGUGUCAAUGCCGCGGGGGAGCCGGGAAGAAUUGGAACUCUCUUUUCAUCGAACAACAAUCCUGCAACGAGGUCAUCUCGUUUCGGGCACUCACGUGGCAUUGCCAUUCUAGUUGCUUUCUGUGCAGCGCUCGGCACAAUUUUCUUGGUUAUUCUGGCAGGUAUGAUACUCAACCGAAUACAAAGGAAAAGGGCCGGCUACAGUACUCUGCCCAAUGCGUCACAUCAAGACAAGAAUAUGAACAUCAACCGGGUGCCGCCAGAGAGGCUUUUCGCGUCGAUGAGUCAACGGACGUCUGGGGCACCGGCUGUAUAG